CGCAACGCAACCCACCUAAAAGUAAAAGACGCCGCAUUCCCAAACCAGUAAUGAGCGCAGCCCAUAGAAAAAAAAUCUCAAGCUCAUCUUAAAUAUAUUUAAUGAGCCAUUACCAUUUUAGCACUAACACCAAGUAAGAGUAACUAUAACGAUGUCUACCACUACUGCUGCUUCACAAGCAUAUUUGGAUGAUAGUCAAACAUGGGAUGCAUUUAAUUUGGACCCACGAUUAGUUCAAGCCAUAGAUCAUCUUGGAUUUGAAAAUCCUACAUUAAUUCAAUCAAGUGCUAUACCGUUAGCCUUAGAAGAGAAGAGAGAUAUUAUAGCCAAAGCAUCUACUGGAUCAGGUAAAACUGGGGCUUAUGCCAUUCCUAUUGUUCAUAAUUUACUUGUAGAAUACUCACAACAUCAGAAAUCAGCAAUUACUCAUCUGAUUAAGAGUAUAAUCUUAGUUCCUACCCGAGAAUUAUCAAAUCAAGUUCAUCAAUUCAUUGAAAAAUUAUUAAUAUAUAGUACUAAUAGUAAGAUAAAUAUUCUUAAUUUAUCAUCAAACUUGAGUGAUCAAGUAUUAAAUUCAUAUUUGAAUAAUAAACCAGAAAUUAUUAUUUCUACUCCUGCAAAAUUAAUACAAACUUUAGAAAAGAAUGUUAAUACAAAUUUAAUAGAUUUAUCUACGGUUAAAAAUUUAACUAUUGAUGAAGUGGAUUUAAUUUUAUCAUUUGGUUAUUUAGAAGAUUUACAAAAAUUGGAAAGCUUUUUACCUAUUAAAAAGAAUUUACAAACUUUCUUAAUGUCUGCAACUGUUAAUGAUGAUUUAAAUGAUUUAAAGACAAGAUUCUGUACUAAACCAGCUAUUUUGAAAUUAAAUGAUGAAAACAUAAAUCAAAAUAAUUUAAUUCAAUAUUAUGCAAAAGUAACUGAGUUUGAUAAAUUUUUAUUUUCUUAUGUUAUAUUUAAAUUAAAUUUAAUUAAGGGUAAGACUAUUAUUUUUGUUAAUAAUAUUGAUAGAGGUUAUAGAUUAAAAUUAUUCUUUGAACAAUUUGGAAUCAGAAGUUGUAUUUUGAAUAGUGAACUUCCUGUAAACUCAAGAUUACAUAUUGUGGAAGAAUUUAAUAAGAAUGUUUACCAUUUACUUAUAGCCACCGAUGAAACUAAUGAAUUUACUUUAGAAAAGGAUGAAGAUGACGAUGAAGAAGAAGCUGGUGAACAACAAGAACAAGAACAAGGACAAGAAGAUAAAGAAGGUGAAUCGAAAGAUGAUACCAAAAAGUCGAAGAAGUCCAAGAAGUCUAAGAAAGAUAAAGAAUACGGUGUAUCAAGAGGAGUGGAUUUCCGUAAUGUUGCAUGUGUAUUAAAUUUUGAUUUACCUACCACCUCAAAAGCUUAUAUUCAUAGAAUUGGUAGAACUGCUAGAGCAGGAAAAUCAGGUAUGGCAUUAUCAUUUGUUUUACCAAUUAAAGAAUUUGGUAAACAUAAAACUGCCUCAUUGAGUACAUCUAAAAAGGAUGAAAAGAUUUUACGUAGAAUUAUUAAACAACAAUCUAAGAAUGGAUUUGAAAUAAAGCCAUAUCAAUUUGAUAUGAAUCAAGUUGAAGGUUUCAGAUAUAGAGCUGAAGAUGCUUUCAGAGCCGUUACACAAACUGCUAUUAGAGAAGCAAGAAUUAAGGAAUUAAAGAAUGAAUUAAUGAAUAGUGACAAAUUAAAGAGAUUUUUUGAAGAAAAUCCUCAAGACUUGGCAUCUUUAAGACAUGAUAAAGAAUCUCAUCCAGCUCGUGUACAAAGUCAUUUAAAGAGAGUUCCUGAAUAUUUAUUACCAGAAAGUGCUAGACAAGAUCCUAAGAAACUUGGAUUUGUACCAUUCCAUAAGAACAAGGUUCAUAAGAAUAGAAAGAGAAAACCAUCUGGUAGAAAGUCCGAUCCAUUAAAGUCAUUUAAAAAGAAAUAGAUCAUAUAUAUUAUAUAUAAAAUGCAAACGUG